AUGGCCGUGGCGGCAACAGCAGCGGCAGAGCAGCCGCCAGUCACGCCCAGGUCCUCCACUCUCCCAAGUCCGUCCGUCUCCGCGGGGUUGCUGGAGUUGCCCAGAGCGUCAACUUCGGGCGCUGCGCCGCCGUCACCAGGUGCCGCCGCUGCACGGGGAAAGGAGCGGCGCAAGUCGCGAGGCGGGUCGAUGCUGCUCGACGAGAUGCUGUUGGAGGGGCCUCCCCUGGCAGUCAAGGCAGGGUUCGACCGGGGGAGGUCGCCCCUUCUCGCUCGCCAUCGCCACCGCUCUGUCUCCAUGACCGCCGCAGAAAUCGCCAAACUUGCUGUUGCAGACGCGGGUUCAAAUCCUGCCGGAGUGUGCAGCCCCAGCCGCGAGAACCAUGCUCCCCGCGGCAGCUCUCCCCACGUCAUUCAGGCGGGCAACAGUCCUUCACGUCCCUUCAAUGCUCCUGUUGCGAAGCAAGGCUAUAAUUAUCCUGUUCGUGGCUAUAGCGCGGAUGGAGAGGGCUCUGUUGAUGGUGGUGGCUAUGAGUAUCAGAGCGGCGCUGCUGGGAAGGGCAGCGCUUAUAAUCUUGGUGUUGCAGCAGUGAGAAACGCCCGGAACAAGGCAGGAAGGGAGCAGUUGGUGUGGUCGGGCCAGACCCAGCAGCAGCAGGAGGAGGAUGAGGAACAGCAAGAGGAGGAAGAAGAGGGGGAGCAACAGCAGAAGCAAAGAGACCAGCAGCGAAGGCAACAACAUUUUGAGCCUUAUCACCGAGCGAAUGAGCAGCGGCCAUCCCAACCGUCUGAAACAUCACAACAGUACCGAACGUCCCGAACUGGCCAUACUCGAUCCGCCUCAGGGCCCCUCUCCUUCCUUGCUCCCCCCUCUUCUGCCUCUCCUUCGCCCCCGCGCUGGCCGGUUCCCUCUAGCCGCCUUGCGCAAUCUGCCUUGUCCGCUGCUGCACAAGGGGCAACCCUCCCAUCUCCACCAUAUGCCCCACCUUCAGCAGCAGCCGCAGCAGCAGCCGCAGCAGCAGCGGCAGCAGCAGCGGCAGCAGCAGCAGCAGUGGCAGCAGCAGCAGCAGCGGCAGUCCCAGCGUGCAGUGAGGGUCCCUUUGCAUGGUCGCCCCCGUCGCACCAUGUCCGCCCUGCCCUCUGCCGUUCUCAGCAGCGAGUUCUCAUGGGAGACUGUCAUUUACCGUUUGACUCCCAGCAAAAACUCUCUUCAGAAUGCGAGGAUGAGGAGGAGGAAGUGGAGGAGGGAAAGACACAGCGCGCAUGGCGAAGGGAGUGUUUACAUGGGUCGGGUCUAUACGGGAAUGAUGAUGCUAUGGAUGACGUCACGAACGAGGGCUGGAGAGGAGUAGAGGUGAAAGAGGAGGAGAGGGAGAUGAUGUCAGCAGCAGCAGCUGCCAUGCUGGACCUCGAGCAGUCUGACUCAGCACAGGAAAUUUCCACGGAGGGUGCAUGGGUUGGGCGAGGGCGAGAGGAACGGAGGCGUGGAGAUGUUUAUGGUUCUCCUGGCUAUUCUCUUCGUUUGAAUGGUUUCGGUGGUUCUGGUGGCUCAGGUCGUUCUGGUGAAUUUUACGUUGGUCUGAAGGUGGGUGGAGGCGAGAGGGGAAUCUCACAGAGGGAUGUGGGGUAUAGGGAUGCGAGGGAGGAGGGUGUGUUAGGUGGGACGAGGAUGCCAGCAAGUAGGCUGAAAUCAGGACGUGCACAAGGCCUGACGACAGGUCGCCUUCCAAUGGCACAAGGCCUGACGACAGGCCGCCUUCCAAUGGCACAAGGCCUGACACAAUGCCACGUCCCACGAACACAGGAUAUGAAGCCAGGGCACGUUCGGAGCAGGUCCGUGGGUCAUGCUCUCGGGCACAGGGAGAUGGGCGGCCGUCAGGAGAGCAGGGGAGAGGGGGAGAACGAGGAGGAGGAGGGUUACAAUGAGUGGGACGACGGGGAAGCUCAAAAGUGGGACCAAGAGGGUGUAGAGGAGAGUGACACGAGAUCAAGAGGAAGUGGCACCGGAAGGGGCACUAGAGACGCUAGACAGGUAACCCCUGUGGGGGGUUCGGGUGCAGAGGAGUGGCAAGGGGAGGAACCUUGUGUGUCGGCUGGGGAGGAACCUUGUGUGUCGGCUGGGGAGGAACUUUGUGUGUCGGCUGGGGAGGAACCUUGUGUGUCGGCUGGAAUGGGCGAGGAUGAUUGCGGGAGUGCUGGUUGGAAAGCCAGACCGUUAACCCCUGUGAGACGGCAGGGGCAGAAGGAGACUCUGGCACAGCGGGAAUGGCAGGAGCGGCAGGAACGCCAGGGGAGAAAAGGAGAAGGCGCUGGGGAUAAGAGCAGACGGGAAGAGGGAGAGGGCAGCAAGGGCAAGAGCAGAGGGGAGAGCAAAGAGAAGAUCCGAGGUAAGGGCUGGCGGAGUAAAAGCGUAGGGGGGGGUGCUGGAGAGGAGAGAAUGUUGGGUGGCUGGGGGCGGCAGGAGGACAGGUCUGGGCACAAGGGGAAUGAGAGGGGGAGUGGGAAGGGGAAGGCGGAUGGGGAGGAGGUGAGAGCAAAAGGAAAAUGGAGGGCGGGUGAGGAGGAGGUGAGAGAGGCGUGGGAUGCAGUAGGAGUGAUGAUGAGGGGUGGGGUGGACGGGCGCAGACGGAAGGGUGUGGGACGAGAGGAGAGGGGAAAGGGAAAGGAGAGGGAGGAGGUCAGGCGAGGGGGAGAAGAUGCGGAUGAUAGUAUUUGUGGGAGUGAGAAGGGAAGUGACUCUGCAACGGGGAGUGUUCAGAGUGACUGGAGUGGCCAGUGUGUCCAGAAUGACCGGAGCACCCCCCUCCCCCUCGCCUCGGUCAUCAUUUCCCCCGACAUUGCCGAUUUUCUCGACGCUGACCCGACGGGCAGCCUCAAACGGGCAGGUGAAAGUUUUCUCUCAGGGAAGAGCUCUACCUUCCCUGGUGAUCCUGCGCUCCCUGAUCCUGCUCCAGAUAAUGACAAGGAUUCCAUCACUGCGGCUCUUGCUCCCGCUGUUCGAGCUUGUACCACACCAGGGGCAGCUACUAACGAAUCUGCUGGGGGAUAUGCUGGUAACCGCUUGGCACGAGUGCAGAGGAAGAAGGAGGCUGGUGCUUCUGAGGCGGUUCAGACCAGUAAGGCUGCUUCCAAGACUGACGCGGUGCAGACCAGUAAGGCUGCGUCCCCUGCAGGGCAAGAAGGGGGGAUGGGAAAGAGCUUGACUGUGAAAGAGCGCGCUAUGAGGAAGGGGGUGCUUGCCGGGGCACUGGCAGAACUCGGGAGGGGUGGGGAGGAUGAUAAUGGGAGGGAUGUGGGAGAUGGGAGCAGGGGCCUGGGGAAAGAUGAGGGCGGGGGAAAGGGAAAAGCUGCCUCUGGGGAGAGUGGGAAAGGGUGCAGCAGGAGGGCAGGGAAGGGAGGGUUUGGGAAAUCUGUUACUGUGCAGGAUAGGUGGAGGGGAGGGGGGAUAGAUGGGAGUGGCAGGCAGUAUGGGUUGGAUGGAGAGUGGUUAAAUGGGAACGGGCCGGAGAAAGUGCGGGGCAAGGGGCAGGGGAAGGGGAUGGUGUGGGGAAGGAUGGCGAGCGUUCAAGUGCUCGGGAGAAAGUACAAUGGAGGGAGGCUUGAUGAAGAAGGGUGGAAGGAGCAUGAGACAAGCUCUGGCAGUGGUGUUGACCCUCCCGGAAAGGGGGACAAGAAGGGGAACUUUCCCCGGUCAGGAUCGGUUGGUUCUAACUCUGGGGCAAUGGGCUUGGGAAAGGAGGGAGGGGGAGGAAGGGAGGAGGGGAGAAAAGGGCAGGGGAAGGAGGGCAAAGAGGGGAAGGAGGGCAAAGAGGGGAAGGAGGGUACGGAGUGGAAGCAGAGGAAGGAGGGCAAGGAGGGGAAGAAGGACAAGGAAGGAAAGCAGAGGAAGGAGAAAAAGGAGGGGAAGAAGGGGUCCUUUCCUCGAUCGGGAUCGGAUGUGCUGUCUCUGUUUGGAAAGAUGGCAACCGGUAAAUUCACGAAAGCUGAGAAGCUCUCUGAGAAACAAUCCUUUCAGUAUGAUCCUCCUUCCCAGCAGCAGCAGCAGCAGCAGCAGCAGCGAGAGGUGGAAGAGGAGGAGGGAGGCAAUGCAUGCAAUGGUUCAGAGGACAAGGAGGAGAGGGAGAGGGUUGGUGAGAAGCAGAAGAAGACAGGGACAAAGCAGGGGUUUCUCAAGCGGCCUCUGGCUCUUCUUAACAAAGUGAUCCUCCCCUCCCCUCCCCAUGGGCCCCCUACUUAUCCCGCGCGUCAUUGUCUAUCUCCGCGCACCAAUAUCUCGCCCGCGGCCUCCGCAUUCCCCUUUCUCCCCUCCGCGCACACCCUUCCCCGCUUCCCAGGCCAGGAUCCAAUCCGCCCCGCCUCUCUUUCUUGCCGCCUAGACCAGACUAUCCCUAAACUAGUUAUUCGUGUCGUUAGUACGGGAGUGCGUGACUCUUAUUCCCAUCAGGCGCCUCUAGAUCGCGUGGUCCGCUCUUCUUCUUAUCGCGUUUCCGCGUGGUCCUGUCACCCGGCGGCGGUGUGGUGGUGGAGCAUGGAUCGCCUAGUGUGCCAUUCCUCUGUUGCGCCGCACACACUCGCCACGCCGCUGCGCGCCGAUUCGCGCACGCGGAAAGGCGCGGUGGCAGCCGUUGCCCUGCCGCAAUCAACGUCGAGGGUUAAGCUCGAUGCUCACGUGGCGAGCCGCGCCCACGUGGGCGCGAAGCAGCUGAUGGGUCAGAGCCUCCAUUCGGCGACGGAAGUGCUGCGAUCGCGACAUGUGGCGGGAGGGGAUUCGUGCGGAAGACGAGGAGUUGUCGAAAUGGUGCGUAACGCUGUGGUUAGAGGAAACUUCAAAACAGUAGAAGGAAGCCCGACUCGCGCCCCCAUCCCACCCACCUUCAUCCCCCCUUCUCGUCUUUCCCCCCGCUCCUCCCAUUUCUCCCACUUCUCCUCUUCGCCCCUAUCCUCUCCCCACCAACCCCUUUUCUCUUAUACCGCGCCUCGCCGCUCCCCCUUCCCCCCUCCCUCCCCGCAGGUCAUCCCGUUUCAAAAGGGCGAGGCAACUCAGCAGCCGCCACCGGAUCUCCCCUCGUACCUCUUCAAGAACCGCAUUGUGUUCCUGGGCAUGUCGCUCGUGCCGUCCGUCACGGAGCUCAUCAUGGCGGAGCUGCUGUACCUGCAGUACGACAGCCCUGAGAAGCCGAUUUAUAUGUACAUCAACUCGACUGGAACAACUAAGGACGGGGAGAAGCUGGGGUACGAGACAGAGGCGUUUGCCAUCUAUGACACCAUGCGCUACGUGAAGCCUCCGAUCUUCACACUGUGUGUGGGCAACGCGUGGGGGGAGGCGGCGCUGCUGCUGUCUGCAGGGUCUAAGGGCAACCGGUCAGCACUGCCCUCCUCUUCCAUCAUGCUCAAGCAACCCAUCUCUCGGUUCCGCGGGCAGGCCACCGACAUUGACAUCAUGCGCAAGGAAGUGCGGAACGUGAAGACAGAACUGGUGAAGCUGUACUCGCGGCACACGGGCAAGUCAGAGGAGACGAUCGAGAAUGACAUCCGGCGUCCCUUGUACCUCACACCUGAUGCUGCCGUGGAGUAUGGCAUCAUUGAUAAGGUGCGGGCGACCACUCUGGUAGUGAUUGCACUGUGA